CCAACAUUACUGCCGGAGAUUGUAACGCUAAUGCUAAAUCUGGGAAAUAUUGAUUACUCUAAGACGAACAGCCCAUGAACAAAAACCUGCUUUCUCUCUAAAACCCUACUUCACUGUUAGAGAUCUAAUCUCAAUCUUGUAAUUUAUUGAGAGGGAAAUCGAAUACCUAGGAAGCCAUUAAAGUAGUUGAAGCAGCAAAUAUGAGAGAAGGAAGAGGUUCCAGUUUGGUUUAUCUUCUAACUAUUCUUCUCUGCUUGGCUGCCUUUGCUUUUGCCAUUGCCGCCGAACGCCGCCGUAGUCUGGGUAAUGUAAUUUUAGAUGAAUCCACCAAUUCGACAUACUGUUCUUACAGUUCUGAUGUUGCUACUGGAUAUGGAGUUGGCGGAUUCCUAUUUCUUCUUUCAAGUGAAUCACUGCUUAUGGGAGUGACCAAAUGCAUGUGCUUCGGUAGACCAUUGGCCCCUGGAAACAGUCGAGCAUGGACAAUCAUUUAUUUCUUCUUGUCAUGGAUAACAUUUUUGGUAGCGGAGGCAUGCCUAUUGGCAGGUGCAACCAAGAAUGCUUAUCAUACCAAGUACCGUCAUAUGAUCUACGCACAGAAUUUCUCAUGUGAGUCUCUGCGGAAAGGUGUUUUUAUCGCCGGAGCUGUGUUUGUCGUUUUCAACAUGGUCCUCAAUGUGUACUAUUACAUCUACUUUUCCAAAGCUACAAGCUCACUGACAGAAGCUCACAAGGCAAAUCGCUCCAGCUCUACUGUGGGAAUGACCGGGUAUAAAUAAGAUCUCCAAAUUUUCAAAUGGUGAAUUCUCGUUUCCUCGAAGUGAAAACGGCAGAUCAUUGAAGUGUAUCAAAUAUAAGAAGCAGUGGAAACUAAGCAUUACUAGUUCAUAAUGAGAAGUUUCUCUCUUAUCUCUUGCACAACAUAGUUUGUACUAUAUUGUCUGGUUCCUUACCGCGACACUGACAUUAUUACAACAAACCAUUGCGACUGCUCUUUUAGCUGUUGAUAUUAAACUGUAUGAAUUAUAAUGAAAAUUAAUGUAUAUUUAUCUAGCAAAAUUAUUUUGUACUAUAUUGUAUGGUUAGAGCGCUACAUUAAAUUCAAUGUGGUCAAAUAGUUAAUACACAAAAAAUAUUAUAAU